GCCUUGAAUGAGAAGUGUGGAGGGAAAGGCCAGGCCUCUGACUCUGUUGCCAAAUUGCCUCCCCCAGUGCCAUCUCUUCUCUGGUGGGAACCUGCCUGGACCCAGGGCAGGAUUUCUGGAAACCCCUGCACUUUCCCUGUUUCAGGAUGAAGCUGACCUCUCUGCAUCUCAGCUUGCCUGGCUCGGAGCUGGGGACCACGCCUACUUUCUCCAGGUCCAGCUGGAGCAUCCAAGGCCCAUUGAGGAAGAACUGGAAAUAUCAUGUCCAGAGCUCCCUCCAGCUCCAGAGCCAGAGCAAGGGCCAGCUCCACGGCUAGAUCCAGCUCCAGCUCUUGUUCCACCACCUGUGCUAGAGCUGGAGCCAGUGUCACCUCCAUCAGUCCCUCCAGGGCCAGAGCCACCACCAACAUCAGCUCCAGCCCCAGUGCCAGCUCCUGAGCUGGAGCCAGCUGGACCAUUGGCUCCAGGGAGAAUCCUCACUCCAACUGGAGAGAUAACAGCAGAGCCAGAUCCAGCCCCAGAGCCCACCUGCCGCUGGGAUGUGACCAGCAAGAACCUGCUGAAGGAGGAGAAGCCUGACUUCUUGGAGUUUCUUCCCAGGCUGUUGGCAGAGCAGUUGACACUGAUUUACGUGGUGAACAGCCGGGAACUCACGGCAGACUGUGGUUUUUGCUGCCUUGGGAAAAUGUGCAUCUGA